AUGCCAUAUUUUUCAACUGUAACCUUGAGGCUAAAGAAAAGCUCACAGAUCAGUAUCACAAAUAAUCCUCUACUCGCAGGAAUAGAACUGGGUUGUAAUGUGUUCAUCGUACAUCAAGAUUCCAUCAUUAAUUUUAUGGAUCGAUUCAUCGAGUUCCACGAUGAUGCCACGUACAGAAAUCCUGACAAAACUGUCAUAAUGCUCAUGGACGGGAUGCAAUCUAAUGAAAAGAAUCUUCUCGCCGAACUAUGUGAACAUUCCAAUCUUGUAGAAAUCAUGAAUCUACUUAUUUUGAAACCGACUGCAAAUAUGGAAUCGAUUGAUCUUUUAACACAUCGUUUCGUUGGAACUAUCGAAGAAUCAGUCGAAUUGAUUCUACUAGACGUUUUUGAUGUCGAUAACAAAACAUUUCGUUAUGGACAAGUAUUAUUCCCUGAUAAAAUCUCCAAUAUGCUGGGAAAAUCUGUUCGGUUAGCGACCGUUAAUUUUCCUCCUCUAGUUAUUUUGCGGAAAAGUGAGUCUGGUAAUCCAUUGGUGAGGGCCGGAAAUCAAAUUUAUGAAAUGAGUGGAAACGACGGACUGUUGGUUGUGGAAUUCUGCAGACGAUACAACUGCACGGUGGAAUUGAUAAUCGACGAUGCUAACAUGUGGGGUACAAUCGAGAAGAAUAAAACUGGAAAUGGAAUUCUCGGAAAUCUGGCAAAAAGACGGGCUGAUGUUGGAAUUGGUGGAAUGAAUCAAUGGUACAAACAAUUGGAAUUUCUUAGUUUUUCUAAGCCCACUCAAAGGGGCAGUGUUACUUGUUUGGUGCCGAGGCCUGGGCUCCAACCUGCAUGGAAAGUCAUGCUUAUAGCUUUCUCUAUUCCUGUUUGGUGCUCAACCGUAGCAGUUCUAUUUAUCAUUUUGUUUAUGCAUCAUUUAAUGGAUCAACUAAAUCCAUCGGAUCCUGACCAACAGAGUUUCAUUCGAAUUUGCUUGAAUCUGUGGGCAAUCCUCCUUCAACAAACGGCAUAUAUUCGCAGGCGAAAUGUUUCAGAUGUUAUUUUAUCUAUGGCGCUGUUGAUGUUCACUUUUAAUUUAAUCAACAUUUACUCGAGUAGGAAUGCUAGUCUGAGCACAGUUCCUCUGUUUGGACCAUCCAUCGAUACCAUAUACGACCUAGCCAAGAGUGGUUUCACCUUGCUGCAGACGCAUGAAGCAUGGGUAUUCUCAUUAAGAAUGUCGGAAAAUCCCACUAUCAAAAAACUAGUGUCUAAGUUCCAAGCUCAGCCACCUGCAGUACUCCGAGAGUUAGCUGAUAAGGGUUACGUUGCAUUAAUUAUUGGUCGGAUGAAUAACGGCCACCUCAUGCUCGGUGAUUGGAUCACCCGAGAAAACGUCCACAGCUAUCAACUCAUAAAAGAUGAUUUGUACUAUGAUUACGAGAUUUCCAUGGCUACAAAAACAUGGCCUCUGAUGGAACAAUUCAACACGUUGACAAUAAGAACAACGGAAGCCCUGAUUGGUUACUACCAAGAACUGAACGCCAUUUAUGAAUCCAGUGAUUACCAUGUUCAAACAACAGCCAUCAAUUCCCGCUUGCGGGAAUCCAAUGCAACUGGCGCUUUGAAUUUAAGUGGUAUGUUCGGAGUGUUUGCAAUUCUAGGACUAGGACUUUUCGCUGCAACGAUUAUAUUUAUUAUGGAGAUAACGCCGGUUCAAUCAAAAAGCGGAAUCCAUUGGCACAUAGGAAAGAAAAUUUAUCUCUGGCAAUCGAGUUGUGGAGGAUUGGAGAAAUAA